AUGGGAGGAGGAAUGCAUCCCCGGAGACAACGUGGCAGUAGACUGAUGGCAUUGAGCCAGGUCAGUCUGACUUCAGUAGAACAGGCGCACCCACGCGACGGCCAUUUGAUGGAUGCGCCCAUUGAAGAGGUCGAUCGGUACCCAAUACUGGCUCCCAUUAGAACAAGUGGUUUGCCCACCGGUGGACUCCCGGCCACACCCGCUGCCAGACAUAUGCGCUCAAUAGAUGAGGGCGAAUGGCAACAGUGGGCUCAGACUCAACGGGCAGAUGAGUGGCACUUUCCUACAGCAGCACAGAGUGGUGAAUGGGAUGCACCGCACACACAGUACACACCACAGGCCACUAAUAUGGACGACAUGUAUAUCGGAGAUCUCUCACGAUUUCCUCAAACUCCUUAUCCCUCGAGUGGACUCUCAAUGUCUUUGUUCGGUGAAAGCGCUGACAGCGCUUCCAGCGAUGAAUUGUCCCCCGUCGCCAGCCCUACCCCAAGUAGCGUACAUUCAUCGCACGAGAGCUAUGUUAUGGGAGCCCAACAAUCACAGGAGUCGCCGGUUAUGGCUCAAACUGUUGGCCAAUCAAGCGGUUUGGCCACCGGUGGCGCGCAAUUCAUACCCGCAAUACCAUUAGCGACGCCCAGGGAUAGACUUGCAUUAAACUUCAGGCAAAUGGGGGCGGGAGAGAUGCCGGAGGGCUCUAUCAGCGGUACUUCAGCCGAAAUCUAUGUCAAUAGUAGUGGCGAAGAGUUGGCAUCAGAUAUGGAAGAAGACGACCAGAAUAUGGCGUUGAAUGCAAAAACCCAAAUGGAUUUACAGACACUUUGGGACAAAGGCUUUGAAAUAAAUUUUUCCCAAACUGGCAAAUUGGGUAGUGGCGUACAGGGAGUGGCGUACCGGGGUGUUUACAAUCAACGGAUUUACGGAUUGAGUACAACGGAAGGCAGUCGUCUGAAGGGUGUUGUCGCCGGCCGGGGAUUUGCGGCCAAAUACGUGCAGUUCAGUCAAUACGCGGACUAUUCAUUGCGUAUCGAUCACGAGAUUGAGAAGCAAAUCCUGAAAGCACUCAAACAUCCAAACUGUGUAUCGCUUAAAAUAGCCAUCAAUUUGGGUAAAAAGCGAUACAUUAUUAACAAUAAGGACCCAAACAUCAAACCAAUUGUAUCGUAUGAUCGCAUGUUUUUGGCAAUGGAUUUGGCGGAGUCGAGCCUCUAUGAUUUUGGUCAGGCCGGCAGAAUCACACAACGGCUGGCCAUUAAGUUCGCACAGGAAAUGUGCGCUGGUAUGAAUUAUAUGCAUAGCCAGAGUAUACUUCAUUUGGACCCCACUUACGGCAAUGUACUGCUGUUUAGAGACGACCAAAACGCCGGUGACUUUGUGGCCAAAUGGUCGGACUUUGAUACGGGUGUGUUUCGGUCUCUGUACCAGCGGUGGGGCAUUUGGAUUGAGGACAACGAGUUUGAACACUAUCGCCGGAACGACCUAGAGCGUUUGGCACGGCUUAUCAAUGAUAUGGCCUUAUUUGCACCCGUGUUGACUCAAUUGGCCCAUCAAAUCACAAACAGCGCCGAUUCGUUGCAACAAAUUGUCGACAAUUUUGAUCAUUACUCGACCAGGAGUCACGGGGACAAGUACCUAGUUAGGUUGGAUUGGGUUAGAUACGCAGAAUUCACGCCAAACACUACCGGCGAUGGCAGUGUAGGACUCAUAUAUCCAUAUUUGCCGGGAAAGACUGACCCAAAACGGGUUCGCCGAUGGGUUAGGGACACAAUGAGCUAUUUAAGGGACCACUGGGUGUCACCAAAUGCGGGUAAACUGGGUAUCGGUUUGAUGUCAUUGUAUCUGUUAUUUGACGAGAAAGUAGAC